CCUUAACUUUUUUUAACACCAAGCCCCGUAUGUCUUUAUAAGUUGAAAAUGUUUUGGUUUCUUUCGUUACGGAAUCCUGUGUGUCAAGACGGUCGUCCAGAGUCGCGGUAAACAGACAUUCAUCUCUUUGUCGUUUUGAAAAACUACCCAAACUUCUAAAAUGGCAAGAUUCAUUAACGGUACAUUGAACGACCCCCGAUAUUCCUGGCUUAUAGAAGAAAUUAACGAGCUAAAUGGUCCAACUGUAUCGAGACCCCUGAGUGCCAACACAACACAGCAAAACCCCGGCUGUUUAAGAAGACGCAAUGUUUCGGAUGAAAUACAAAACGGGGGAAAUGUGCAUCGUGUGUAUGACUCUGGUAACAGUGCCCUAGGGUCUUUAUCGAACCUAGUGAACAAUUUACCCAGCUUGAUUGGUAACCCCCGAGAUACGUUGAACCCUGUUGAAUUACCCACACGUGUUAGCACAACAGCAACGGUAACACGAGCUCAAGUACAUGCGACUGCCUCUGGACCAAUCACAACAAACCUGCCUCAGACAGAACAAUCAACAAGUGGCAUAGACGCACAGUCUGUUGUAAACGACAACGAAGUUUGGGAUGAUAAUUUGUUUGAAGCAUGGGAUGCGGCCUCAUUUUCCCAAGAUGAACCCUCCUCACCACCGCUACCAGACAAUCAAGAAGCGUACAGGGCGGCGUCUACUACGAACCAAACGCCAAACAUUGUAGAGGGCUUAAGAAACGAAGAGGAACCGACGUAUUCGGCGUUGUGUGAUCGUUUGGAUCUGAUUACCGAAGACUUAAGGAUCGCAAGAGAGGAACGCCGGAGGGAUCGACGAAUGUUGGAGAACUUCAAGCGAGUUGUCAGCGAUCAGAUAUCAAGAAAUUCUGUCGGCCUCAGAGAAAACAUCGCGAGCUCCCGCCUGAUACGUAACGCCGUAAAAUACAUUUUGGACAAUCAGGCACAAAGUGUUGUUUUAUUUAUGGAAAUUAUCAACAUGUCUAGACGGAUAUCUGGUGAGUAA